CUAUAAACGGAACGUGAAACCUUAUGUCAACGCAAACAAAAACUAUGUCAAAAUUAAUUCUAAAUUCCGUGUAAAAACAAUAACAAUUCACAAUAUUUACUUUUAAAUAGAUGUCAAUGUGCUCUUAUUAUUUCAUCGUGCAGUGAUUUAUAUCCACGAUGGCUGAAAAGUCUGGUGAAGCGAGCCCGAGUGAAGCCAGCACUCCCAAGGAGGAGAGAGAGACGGGAAACUGGUGGGACAGCUGGCUGUCCUCUGCCAAGACUAAGUCGGCUGAAGUGUAUUCAAUGGUGAAGAAGGAUCUGGACGAAAUCGGGAGCGCGGUGAAGAGUGAAGCCACACAUGUCUUCAGCACCACUUCCAGCGUCAUCGGGAAGACUUUGAAGUUGGACGAACCAGAAUCUCCAGCGAAUGUAAUGAAGAAAAGUCUAAGCACUUUCAUUGGUCAAGUGAGCACAGCAUUGAACCCGGAGCCCGACGAUGACGAUGACACAGAGGUCAUCCUCUCUUCAGGAGACACCACCAUGCUCACCACCUAUAAGCAAGAACUAGAAGCUUUGCAACGCGUCGACGCCACUUUCAUAGUGCCGGCGGACAGCCAAGAGUUCCACGCGUGGCGCUCCAGCCUGGAGAGCGCGGACGCGGCGGUGCUGUCGCACGCGGCGGCGCUGCGGCGGCUGGGCGCCAGCCCGCGGCUGCGCGCGCAGUACGACAGGCUGGUGCCCGACGCGGUGGCGCACGCUGACUUCUGGGAGAGGUACUUGUUCCGCGUGGCCCUCCUACAGGAUCGUCUGGCGGCCGCGUCCCGGAAACCGGCCGUUUGUCCCACCACCGAUGAUCCAGUACUCAAACACCUACCACUGCAGCCUAUACAACAAAGUCCGAAAAAAGUCCUCUCAGGGAUAGACAGUGAUCCGCCCUCAACGUAUGAAAGCCCCGAUGUAGAUGACGGCGUCACUUGGGAUAAUGAAGAUUUCGCAAACGAUGUAGAACUAACAGAGGAACAGCAAACGCUCCUUCUAGAGGAGUACGAACGGGAAAUAACAUCGAAGAAACUCAAACCGCCGCGCGACACCAACGACAACGCACAAACCAGAGACAAACUCAACAACAAAGUUAAAGACAAGACGUCAAAAUCUCCCAAAAAGAAGGCAGACGAUUGCGGGAAUAAUAUAGUGGAAGAUCAUUUUGCUGAAAAGGAGAGUGAUGAUGGAAGCGCGAAUUCAGACGAAAGUUGGGAGAAAGAGUUUGAGUUAGACGAUGUGGACGUAAAAGCCUGAAUCCGGCCAUAGACAGCAUAGAACGUGAGUGGCGUCUUUAUGGUUUUUGAUCUGCAGUCAUUUCUUUAUGAAAAAAUUUAUUUGUUGAAAAUAUUUCUUUAUCCAUAUUUUUUAUAUAUUUUAUAGUGAUUUAGAAUUUUUUUAAUUGUUAAAAUUAAGAUGUUUUUAUGUCUAAAAUAAAAGAAAAUUAUAUUCUAAAAAGAGGAAAAUUUACUUGUUAUAAAUUACACUACAACAAAAGUUAUCUAUUGAUUAAAUAAUGACCGAAAUCAGAAAUCCUAAAGCGUCACAGCGUUAGUAGGUUACUGUUAUUAUCGAAUCGUAAGCGAAAAUCAAUCACUCGGCUCAAUCAUGCCUUUUAUAGGAACGGCUAGCCAUUACAAAACACCUGACAGUAUAUACGGCAUUUCAUUGGCGCAUUGUUGCACAGACAAUACAAGCCUCUUCUGAUUGAAUGAAUGAUUAAUUCAUAAAACGUCGUUCAUUAAAAGUGUAACAAUUGUCAAAAGAUAUAUAUUGUUGAGAAAGAUAGUAUUUGACAUAUUUAUGUAUCGUUAGGCUAAGUGCACAUUCAGUUUGUAUUCUUAUACCCCAAUAAGUGCACAUUAAUUGUUUAUCCCUAAAUUAUCCCAAUAUUUUGUUUUUGUAACAAAACAAUCCUUCUCAUAUCCGACUCUCAUACCCAUGAAUGCCAAAAAUGAACCUUUUUUUUGGUAAGGUUAAAUAUGAUGUUUGAAAUCGUAAGGUAUGAACACUUUCUUGAACAAAGAUAUUUUACACUAGUAUAAAAUCUUUGUUACUUCGUACAAGUACUUCAAUAUCCAAACUCUGAGCAGAAAUAUUCACCACUUAUGAUCCGUCUCUUUUCGAAGUUCAGACAAUUGCACAACUAGACAAUGAUAGCAAGAUAUUCUUUUUUUUUUUUGAGUUUGCUUAAUUUACAUAGCGUAAAUAUUAUAAAUUAUGUCAAUUUUUGGCGGCGAUUAAAAUGCGAAUGAUUGGAAUGUACUUAGGAUUUUUCAAUAUUUUAUCCGUCUCAUCGAAGGACCAUGUAAAUGAUGAUGAUACUUAUCAUGUUGUCUUAAAAGGAUAAAAAGAAGUAUAUUUCAUGUGGCAUUCGGGAUUUAAAACGCGUAUAUAUGCCGUGCGUGCGGGUGCCGUGUGGUUCCCGGCACCAAUACAAAAAAGAAUAGGACCACUCCAUCUCUUUCUCAUGGACGUCGUAAAAGGCGACUUAGGGAUAGGCUUACAAACUUGGGAUUCUUUUUUAGGCGAUGGGCUAGCAACCUGUCACUAUUUGAAUCUCAAUUCUAUCAUUAAGCCAAAUAGCUGAAUGUGGCCAUUCAGUCUUUUCAAGAUUGUUGGCUCUGUCUACCCCGCAAGGGAUAUAGACGUGACGAUAUGUAUGUAUGUAUGUAUAUAUGCAAAUUGGUGUUAAAUGUAUAUUUCAUCUUAACAGCCAAGCAUUUAAUCAGCACUUUAAAUGACUUUAUAUUUUAUGCAUAGAUAACCAUUCCAACGUCCCGUUUAUCUCAUAUUGUAAUUAAUAUGCAUCUUGUACCCUCCUAUAAUCAUGUAUGUAGUACUUUUUAUUUUCACUUAUAUGACUAAAUGUAACUGCCUUUUUGCAGUCGAGUGAAAGAAUAUAUUUACAUCAAAAAGCUUUAUUCAUUUUCGGUAUAAAAUAUACACUGGAACCUGGUCUUUAAUGAGUCACUUUGCUAUCUUCUCGCGAUUUCGAGCCCCUUUUUAACCUACUUCUUAAAAGAGGUUGUUAAUGUUACUGUUUCUUGUUUUUCCGUACCCUGCCAGUCGGGCGAAUAAAGGUCAUAACCCACUUAAAAGACUACACUCUACAGUUAUUUCAAAUAUAAGCUUUAAGGGGUCUAUUCACGAAACUUGAUAAGGCAUAUGUUUUAUCAAUUUUCUCUUUUGUUAUCUGAAAUAAUAGAGAGAAAUAAAACAUAUGCCUUGUCAACGUUCGUGAAUAAAGAGGCAAAACAUGUGUCCUAUAAACAUAAUUUACAAUUACAAAUAAACAUAAUUUACAAUUACAAAAAGCUUUGCCCCCUUGAACGCAGUAGGUACCUAUUACGACAAUUUUAUUAAGCAUAGGGAGAUUCAUAUUGAAGUGGCUCAUUAAAGUUGUAUGAUAAAAUUAUUUAACGUACGAAGCGGUACAAUAACGUGUAAAGUGUGAUAUCCCAUAAGAUAGGAUUAUUUUUCGAUAUAGUAUAAGUAGUUAUAGUUAAAUUUUCAAGCUUUUUCAAUGAGAGUAGCGACGUGCGAUCAUUUUUAUUUUCGGCGAGUUUUUUCGUGCAAUAGUGUGUUAAUGUUCUGUGAUUCACGCGAAAAUCAUUUGUUUGGUUAAUAUGUAAGACCGUCAUCAUACACUCCACCAAACGGCUCCUAACUUACUAGAGAUUUUUACCUACCAAAAUUGAUACAUAUGUAAUAUUUCAAAACAACAAUGUAUGUUGGUAUGACAGUAAGAAACCCGCUUUCGUCUAUUUACAAAGCUAAACUUUGAAAACGUAAACGAUGUUUACGUUGUAAUAUUUACCAAAAUUUUGUUUUUUUUUUUACUUUUGCUGUAUAGGAGUCCCUAGUUUUCGUACAAAGUAUAUAUUUUUGAUCCAUACUUUAUAACUUAACCUGGAUUAGUAUAAUGACAACAUGGACCCUACAAUACCCAAUGGAAAAGAUUGCAAAUUGACAAGAGGCAAUUCGGCGAAAAUCCGCGCCCGUCCAUUAAGUAUCAUAUUUAUCAAGUACUUAUAUGUUCAUAUGAAAUAGAUACUUUACUUUAUGAUUCGUUUACCUUAAAUCACGUUAAGGAAUAUGUGACAUAGAUAUCACUCUACGAGGCUGAUAUUUGUCGAUUGUCUCUUUCCAAAAACCGAUCCGCAUUCAUUUCUUGAUAUUUUUGACAUAACAACCCGAAUUUUUUUUACCGUACAGUCGGCCACAUAAAAAUCUACUUUAUACAUAUUACUUAAAGUAGACGUAUCGAAAGUGGUACUUAUCCUUUUUAUGUGGCCGACUGUACUUACAUAAUAAUGUCUAAUCGUGUUGGACUUCGAUCUUCUUAUUACUGUUUAUUUAGAUGUUUCUUUAAAGUUUUCGCGUUUCGUUACAGAAAUGUAUUUUUAGACGAUCUAAUUAUAUUUCGACAUUUUUAUUUUAAAUUUAUAUUAAAUAGGUUAGAAAUGGAUUGUCACCGUGUAUCGAGAUGGCAUUAGGUUUCGUUAUGUUUGUGUAAAUUAUGAUUAUAAUAAUAUGAAAUAAAAGUUAUUAAAAAUCGUA